UGCCAGCGGGCUGCGUGCCGGCCUCGGGGAGCCUGCGCCGCGCAGGUGGCCGCUCAGCCCACCGGCUCAGCAGCUCAAUGGCCUCCAGGAAGAAGAACCUUCAAGGUCUGGUUGCUGCAACCAUCACGCCGAUGACCGAGCAUGGUGACUUCUUGGUAACUGACACAGUGCCUACAGCCACGGACAUGAACCCAGAUACCGUGGGAAGAGAAAUCAACCUUUCAGUCAUUGGUCAGUAUGUGGAUUAUCUUGUGGAAAAACAGGGAGUGAAGAAUAUUUUUGUGAAUGGCACCACGGGAGAAGGCCUGUCUCUGAGCAUCUCGGAGCGCCGCCGGGUCGCAGAGGAGUGGGUGACAAAAGGGAGGAACAAGUUGGAUCAAGUGGUAAUUCAUGUAGGAGCCCUGAGCUUGAAGGAGUCCCAAGAACUGGCCAAACAUGCAGCAGAAAUAGGGGCCGAUGGCAUCGCUGUCAUUGCACCUUUCUUUCUCAAGCCACAGGACAAAGUUCGUGCCGAGGAGCUGUUGGAUGGGAUCCAGGAGAAGAUCCCCACCUUCCAAGGGCUGAAAUUUAGCGACACGGAUCUCUUAGACUUCGGACAGUGUGUUGAUCAGAAUCGCCAGCGACAGUUCGCUUUCCUUUUCGGGGUGGAUGAGCAACUGCUGAGUGCUCUGGUGAUGGGAGCAACGGGAGCAGUGGGCAGUACCUAUAACUACCUGGGACAAAAGACAAACCAGAUGUUGGAGGCUUAUGAACGGAAGGACCUCUCUUCAGCCCUGAAUUAUCAGUUUUGUAUUCAGAGAUUUAUCAACUUUGUGGUCAAACUAGGUUUUGGAGUGUCACAGACCAAAGCCAUCAUGACUCUGGUGUCUGGGAUUCCAAUGGGCCCACCCCGGCUCCCACUGCAGAGAGCCUCCAAGGAGUUUAUUGAUAAUGCAGAAGCUAAACUGAAGAGUCUGGGUUUCCUUUCUUUGACGGAUUUAAAGAAUGGAAACUUGGAAACCUCUAGCUAAUGCCACUCUAUCAAGUCAGGGUGUGUACAUUGGGAUAUAAUCCACCUUGAACAGUGCAUUCAUUUCUCAAGGACUUUAUGGACGAGCUUGAACUACGUUCUUUCCCGGUAAAUGAAAUCUCCCAUCAAAUCAAGCAUUUAAGUACCUACUAUGAUCUUUAAAAAGUUUUAUUUUUGUGAAGGGACAAAAACUCCAAAAGGAGCCAUGAGCCCUGAGUCAUUCAAUAUUGCACAAAUUAUUUCAUGGAGAAAUUUCUGCUUCUAUGGAUGAAAUGGAAUCAAGAGGGAAAUUGUAAUUAAUUCCCUCUGCCUUUGGGAGCUCCCAUUAUCUUGAUUUCUGGUUCUCAAUCUUAUCUUCAAGUUUUCUAAUUUGAAACCACUUGUAAUGUACUUUCAUGUUAAUAAAUAUUCAUUUGGAAUCUAGGAAAACGCUAAGCUACCUUGAAUGCCAAAUUACAACAUGACUUAACAAAUACACAGCUAUUAACACCCCAGCUUCCUUGGCUGCUCAGCAUGACUCUAGAACACCUGCUUUCAGAUUAAUUGUGAUGUCACGGAUGUUCCCCCCAAAAGAUUGGGUUAGGUGAGAACUUGCUUCAGUUUCUAUAAUGGAAAGGCCCAUUAGGAUAGUUUUCAUAUAACCAAGGAAAGGCCUUCCAAACAGAAUUCAGGUCUCCACAUGUUGCUAAAUGAGAACUUAUUAGAGCUCUAAGUUUCAAAGAACCAAAGAAUUGUGCUCUGGCCACCACAAACUUCCCCUUCCUCCCCUGAGAAAAAUUAAGAAAUCCUAUAUCCUGGGGGGUGGGGUUGAUGACAAAUAUGGGAUACCUUAAUCAAUAAAGUAAUUAAAUGCAAAAAAAAAAGACAUUUAAAAAAAUAAGUAAUUUUUGAAAUAUGAGCUCUCUUACUGAUGCGCUGGGAAGGACACUAUCCACCAUGAAUAAUCAUGAGGAAACAAUCAGACAAAUCAAAAUUGAUCAAUAAUUGCAAAACAACUGGCUUGGAUUCUUUAAAAAUGUCAAAGGCAUAUAAAGAUAAAAAAUUUAAAAGACUGGGAAAUUAUUCUAGGUGCAAAAGAGACUAAAGAGACACGACAAUGGAAUGCAAUACCUGCUCUGCUCUGGAGCUCAUACUUCAAAAAGGGAAAAAAACAACUGUCAAGUUCCUUAUUGGGACAGUUAAUGAAAGUAGCAUAUACACUGUACAUUAGAUAUAAUAUUGUACAAUAUUAAAUUUCAUGUAUGAUAAUUAAAAAAAAAAGAAAUCCUAUAUCCUUAUAGAAAUGUAUGAGUAUCAGCAAAAUGCUCAAAUGUAUACCUGCAUGGGGAGAUAAAGCCCCACUCCUUCAUACGGGAACC